UCAAUUCGUUCAUUUGAUCGUGAUAAAACGUCAGAUCUAGACCAUGUGGAUUCGAGUCCACGAACAUCGAAAAAAAAGGUUUGCUUGAUGAUGACAUGAUAAAAUUAGAGGGGAUGUGUGUGCGUGUGUGCGUGUGUGCGUGUGUGCGUGUGUGUGUGAAGAAGAAGAAGAAGAAGAAGAAGAAGAAGAAGAAGAGAGAGAACAGAGCUACGCGCCUGCAAGCCACAACGUACGCCUCUUUGCUGGUCACUCUGCUGCAACUGGCAAUAUCGUCAACGGACAAAGGAUAGCUAUUGAAUUGCCUCGGAUGUAAGUAUAGUUCAUUUCCGCUUAUCAGACUGAUAAUGAAUAGCC